CACACGCUCCACUGUCUAGCGAACUUUCGAGUUGAUACAACGUUUAAACAAACAUACAUAUUUUAAAAAUAUAAUAUAUAUUUUAUAUUGUAUGCCUUUUUUAAUUCUUCUGUGAUGUUAGUGCUUUUCUUAUUUCUAUAACUUCGUAGUGAAAUAAUCGCAAAAUGCAACUUACGGACGCCUUUUGUUAUAUUUUAUUGACGAUAACAACAAUACCUACGUUGUACGCCCAUGCUGAAAGUGAACAUGAAAAUAAUGGUUUAUCAGGGAAUAAAACAGAAAAAAGAAUGUCAAAGCGCGAAGCAGCAAUUUUCAUUGACAACUUCCCAAUGGAACCAAUGUACCAGCAUAGACCUAAAGUGAUAUACAGGCGCAUUUCCAAACAAAGAUAUCAAAGUCCAAAACCAAAGUAUGGCCCGCCGACAAAAUACCGAUCAGUCAAACCCUGGAAACCAUCGAAGAAAUACAGAAGGACAGUCAAACCUAAAUACGGUCCACCAAGCUAUAAAAGGUAUCCUUCUAAACCAAAAUAUGGACCUCCAAAACCAAAAAUCCAUAAGCUCGUUUAUGGCCCACCUAAAAAGAUACCACUAAGUUCGUUUUAUCCACCAGAACCAAUAGGUUUCGGAGAGCCCCCUAUGAGUAACGUAGAAUUUCAACAUCCAAAGCAGAGUUUCGGUGAGCCUCCUUUAGAUUCUUACGGUGAACCUUUAAACACUGCCGUAAAAGAUAUUUAUAUAUCUGAACAAUUUCCACCACAAGCUACAAAUUUGCCCGACACGUUUAUCAACUUUGACGACUUUAACGCGAACUUCGGUCAAGAUUAUAAAUCAUGGCAAGAUUACCAUAGUAACCAAAACCAGAACUUCGAUAACAGCAUAGCCUACUCCAAAGUACGUCCUGUCUACGUUAAGCCAGAUCACUCAUUUACAACGCCGGAUGAAGACUUUGAUAUGAAGAACCGUUACUUACAUAAUUACAAGCACAGGGAAUUUCAUAGAGAACGAAAGCCAUUACCAUUUGAAAACAAAAUAGCUUCCCAUAAUGUGAAUAAGAAAAUAACGAGUAAGUCACAAAGACCACCAAAAAAAACCAGCCCCGAACCUGAAGAAGUGUUAGUUGGUGGCCGCUACGCUGAACCACCAGAAAGAUAUGUACCCAAGCUCACCAUAGCCCAAUAUUCAGAUGAUGAUGAUUUCACACCAUUAAAAGGAUAUAUAGAUCCAGAUGUAGCGAUUUCGGCAACAAUGUCUCCAUAUGUUAAUUACAAAAAUAGCAAUAUGGCUUUUAGUCCACAAAAUCUUAAUGAUGCAUUCAGUAUAGUAGAUAAAUAGUUUUUAGUAUGAUUAUGUACUAGUUUAGUGUUUGUGUAAAAUUAUUUAUUCUUAUUGGUAUCGGUACAAACGAGAAGAUUUGGUGAAGAUACAUCAACCGCCUUCUAAUAUUUGGUAGAAACAAUAAGUCCAAAGGUUAAUUAAUACUAGUAUUUAGUACUUGCAAUAUGACUAAUUGUUUUAUUUUAGUUUAAUGUAUAAAAUUGUUUCCACAAA